CCGAUAUAUUGGACAGCUUCGUCGUCAGCGCACAGCUCGCCCUUCAGCUGCUGGAGCGUCGAAAACCUCGACUUUGCAACGUCUUUGCUCGUAUACCAGCAGCCCAUUCGCCUCUCAUCACCGCGAAGCAAAGCUCCAGCUUAAGCUCCCGCCACGAUGAGUGCCAUCCAGAAGAUGAUCCGCCAGUCACCGCCCGUGGACGUCACCAAGCCCUACGACCCGUCCACGGUCAACGACAAGACGGUCGUCAUCACCGGCGGCGCCAAGGGCCUCGGCGCCCACAUGGUGCGUCGCUGGGCAUCGCUGGGCGCUCACGUCGUCAUUGGCGAUCUGGCGGAUGCCGAGGGCGAGGAGCUGGUGGCCUCGCUGCGGGCCAGCUAUCCCAAGGCGACGUUCGCCUACCAACACUGCGACGUGACGGACUGGGACUCGCAGGUCAGCCUGUUCGAGACGGCCGUCCGCGUGAGCCCCAGCGGUGCCAUUGACAUUGUCGUGCCCAACGCGGGCAUCAUCCAGCCGGCCCAGUCCAAGAUCUUCGAGAACCCGGUGCUCGUCAACGGCAAGCUCCCCAAGCCCAGCACGGCGACCCUCGACGUUAACAUCACGGGGGCCACCUUCACGACGCACCUGGCGCUGUACUAUCUCCCGCUCAACCCCCGGCCAGACCGCUGCCUCUUGCUCAUCGGCUCCGUGGCGUCCAUCAUGCCCCUGCCGGGCCAGACGCACUACGCCAUGAGCAAGCACGCCGUGCUGGGCCUCUUCCGCUCGCUCCGCGCCACGUCGUACCUCAGGGGCAUCCGCGUCAACAUGGUCGCGCCCUUCUACACGGCCCAGACCCACAUGAUGCCGCCCGUCACCGAGGCCAUCUUCCUGUCCGGCAGCGCGGGCGCCGCCACCGUCGCCGACGUGGUGGACGCCGCGACCCGGCUGGUCGCCGACGAGGCCGUCGCAGGCCGGUCCCUCGUCAUCGGCCCGCGCAUGAAGACGCGCGGCGUGGACGGGCUGGAGCAGGAGGACAUGGCCGUUGCGGACGGCGAGGGCGACGGCCAGGGACGGGGCAUCUGGGAGUGCUACGCCGACGACUACGAGCACGUGGACUCGUUUGUGAAGCGCUAUCUUUACCUGUUGAAUACCGUGGGCAAUGUGAGGGGUUGGCUGGGCAUGCUGGGAGAUAUCUGGGGCAUCUUCCGGAGAAAGUGAGUGUAACCUCACCCGAUGUGUGCCACGCGAGUUGGCCUCCAAGACGCACCGCCACGGCGAAUGAGCAAAGAUGACUCGUCAUCCAAAAGCUGAGACCAGAGGUCGGGAUUGGAAACCGAAAAUGUUGC